GCCGCCUCACCUGUGAGCUGCGCAACAUCCGCCACCGCGGAUGUGCUGGCCAUGGGAUUGCCGCGACCGCAGAGUCAAGGUAGCAAUCGGCCACUGCAAGGCCUGGCUCCAGGCUCGGCGGUGUUUCGGCCGUCUUCCGCGGCAUCGCUUGAGCCCUGGAGCCUACAGGAGCGCACCGGGCCCAAAGAUGCCACAGUCAUUGAACUGCCGACGCCUGAGAAGAGCCCCGGCAGCUUUGCGAAGUUUGCGCGGCAAAGGAGCGUUGGCCUUGGACGUCUUUGGGGUGACCCACCCUGGCUGCAAAGCAGCUGUUCAGACAUGGAGCUGACAGGACUAAGCCCUUUCAGCAAUAAAGGCUCGAGUGAUGGCACCGCCCGCAGUUGGACUAGGCCACACCGAGCUUCGGGACGCAACAAGGGACGACAAGCCACGAAUUCCGCCUGGGGUCGUUUGGAUCUUGGAGUUUGUCGGGAUCAAUUAGCACAAGAAGCUAUGCUGGCACGUCGGAAGCUGAAAGCCAACGAGUCAGACGUCAUGUCCAAGAAGGCGAAUGCCGCGAGAGCACUCGCAAUGGAUCGGCAGCGAGCCGAUGAAAAACGGAAAGAAGCCAAGGAGUCUCUCUCAGACUACAACGCUCGCCUGCGCUUAGAUGUGGAGAGGCAACUGAAGCGGAUUUUCUGCCCAAUCCAAGAACCUCACCUGAACAUCCCUUCCUACUGGCAGAACUUGAACGUGGAUUAUAGCGGCAAAUUGGCUGUGCGGAGCUCUGUGAAGCAGAAAGGCCUGAAGCCUGAGCCGGUGGUUUUCGUCGAGAUCGAACCGGGGCAACAGGUAGAGCUGCUGAAUAUGUGUCAGCACUUCAGCUCUUUGACCCGGCCAUUUCAACCUGGAGGUGAAUCGGAUGCAGCAAUCAUGACGCGGCCCGCGUUUUGUAGGCUUCUGUUGGAGCUCACGAUUGCCGAUUCGGCAGGCUCAGUCAUGUACCACUCUGCCAUCGAUAUUUUUGACGCCAUGGCAACGGUGCAGAGCUUCAAGGGAUUGCCAUUGACCAGUGCGACGGUGCAAGGCAUCUUGUUGGACGAUCACAGUGAUCGAGUGAUUCAGCUCUUUGCUGGCGUGCUGGCACAGGCCAGUCGCGAGAGCAAAAACGGCGCCACACCGGAGGAGUUUAAGCUCCAUCUUCUGGACUGUUUGCUCCCGCACGCGGAGCGCAAGCUGCGGCGGAGGCAGAAACACAUUGACACAGGCUUGGCCUAUGGCAAGGACAUCUAUCGUUUGCCCGUCCUGACCGAAAAUGCCGACGAAGAAGAGGCUGAAGAUGAGGACGUGGUGGCCGAGAGUCCCAAGGCCGACGAUGGUCGGGGCGCCUUGCCCUUGGGCCGUCCCAAGGGCAGAGAAAAUCUCUUGGGCCUUCCGGGUGCUCUUGCCUCCACCUUAUCGAUCCCUGGUUCCGCUGCCGCUUCUCGCAUGGGCUCGCGGAUGAGUUCGCGGGGGAGCACCCGAAGUCGUGCCUCCUUCGCGCCUAGCGGUAAGGAGGAGGAAGUCCAAGAGUUUGAAGUCGAUGACCCUCCUCCGCGUGAAGAGGGCUAUCGGACGGAUUAUUACAACAUCCGCCGCUCCUGGAUUUGGUCCGAUGCCAUCAGCACGCACUCAGAGGAAGAGGAAGAAGAUCGGAAGGGGGUGCUGCUGCGGGCGCUCCGGGGGUGGCUGGCCGAGACCCAAGAAGCAGCGUUGCCGCCCGCUGUACCUGCCGAAGAAGCACUGCCACCUGCAAAGCCAGAGCCUGUGGAUAAGAGAGCAAAGUCUGAGCAUUCGCAGGACGAGACACCUGCAGAAGGACCGGGUGUUGAGACGGCCGAGUACUACGAAGAGGGGGAGGAAGAAGAGCAUUUCACCCCUGAUCUGGAGCGGCCUCGGAGCCCUUCACGGCCACCUCCUCCUCGAAGGGAGGUCCCAGACAGGCGGAGCCCUAGGCGCCCUGCGGCCUCCCCUGGGCGGGCACGGGGGAAGGCAAAGGCAAAGGCGGGUCCCGCCAGGCCGCGGCGGCCUGGUCCGGCAGCAGCAAAAGUCAUCUUCAGUCAUGCAGUGACCUUGGAACAGUGCAAAGGUUUUACAGACCUGGAACUUAUGGAGGCUACAUACUGGGCCGAGCCGGUCAGGGCGGCUUUCAAGAUGGAGAGUAUGCAGCUGGGCAAGGGGGAGCUGUACUUGAAGGGGCGUCUCUUGGGUACGCAGUCCGAGCGGCUCCUAAAGGUGGCGACGGGAUUGCCGGACCACCGGGUGGAUGUCCACCUGUGCGAUUACACCUGCGGGGGAACUCCGCACCGCGACGACCUGAUCCACGUCACCAAGUUCAAGCAGUUAGGGGACGACCGGGAGCCGUGGAUGAGCAACCUGGGUCCCGUAGAAGCCCCACCCGACACCGGGGAGGACGAACUUCAGGUGCUGAGGGCCGAUCAGCGACGCCGAGGAGGAGAAACUCCUGGAGAGGGAGUGGCUCACGGACGCGACAAACGAAGCCGGUCACGAAGGAGGCGGAGUCGGAGUCGGAAGCGGCGGAAAACAGGUUUGAAGGUCGAGAGCCAAAAGGAGAUAGUGGCCCUUUUCCAAAACACCGGCCUGGACCCCGACCCAAAAGUCCGACGACGGUUCAGGCGGCGCGCAGGCAAGAUAGCCCGGAAGAAGAGGAUGGGCUCCAGCUCCUCAUCGGGGAGCAGCACCGACAGCAGUCCCGCCGAAGAGACGCUUCCGGCCGACGAUAUGCACCUGUUCGGGGGCAGUGGAAGGGUGCAGCUCAUCGGACGCCGUCUGCCAGGGUCGUUGGCCGCUGCGGCCUUGGACGAGGCGUCGGAUGCGCUAGUGACCCACGAGGGGGGGUUAUGGGACCUCCACUCGGGGGCACUCCCCCCCUUGUUUGUCCGGCAUUUUCGUCAACAACUCAGCUCAAAGAUGAGCCCCGCCAUGUCACGAGAAGCUCAAACGAUAUCCCACCUCCUCGAUCACCUGUUGCGGGGGAAGGUGGCGGACGCGCUCGAUCUGGGCGCCCAACGCCUCAAGGCGUUAGAAGCACAGGCCAGCGGCGUACAUUUUACAGUAGCUCAACAACAAGAAUUGAUUCCCAAGGAGGGGGCUUCAAUGAGUACAGUAGUGGAAAUGCAGGACGCUGCCCGUCGGGCGCGGGAGGAAGGGAAGAUGCGAUUGGAGAGUUCGCGCCCCUACGGGAGCCGGAGCUCCUAUCCUCCUCGGACCGAGGACCAUGGCAAGGGCAACCAACGGAAGGGCGGCAAAGGAAAAGGUGGCAAGACCGAGACCAAGAAGGGCGAGGGCAAAAAAGGUCAACCGCAGAUCGAGUUGAAAAGGUUGGCUGCGGGAGAGGCUUGCUCUGGCCAUACGGAUUGUGGAGUGACUUUUGCAACUGGGCGGACUGAGCCUGGUAGCCACCUCACGGGGGUGGCACCGAAUUGGGGUGACUUGAACCCUGAGUGCAUGUCUGCGCUUACGCCGACGAGCGUGGGCCGCGCCGAUACAGGGCUGCCAGCUGUAGAUGCGUUUCACCAGAAGCUGGGUGCACACGGUCAGCGGCUGCGAGAUUUGGGAGUCCAUAUUGAUGCACUUCUCAAAAAAUAUCUUCGAUCUACCACACGCAGCAAGACUUUGUCCACGGCGGUGAAGGAUUUGUUUCCUUUACCCCUUGAGAUUUGCAAAGAAGUGGACUCCCAGCGACAAGCCUGGCUAGAAGCGAUGGUGAUUGGGCUGAAUGAGCUCAAUGGCAGUGCAGCUGGAGAAGCUAUGGUGGUAUCCGAGGCGCAAAAAGAGGUUGGCCGUGUGUUGAGAUCUUUUUUAGACAGGGUAUGGACUUGGGAUGAAGUGGUUCCUACAGAGGAUUUUGGUACUUAUUUCGACGUUAAGGGGGUCGAUUAUCGGGGUGAAGAGAUACGACUGGCCCGGUCCUUCACCUGGGAGUGUAUUGCUCCUUCUCUCCCUCAAGAAGUGGGAGACACUGGCACUAUGCCGACCAUUGCCAACUUCAGCAGCUUCUACCUGGAGGAAGGCGAGGUAGCAAUGUUGGGGUCGGAGGACAUAAAGUGUUUCUAUUAUCUGUUCCAAGUUCCCCCCGGUUGGCGAAAGUAUUUGGGCUUUGCUAGGGAGGUGGCUCAGCAUUUGCUGCCUCCUGACUUGAAAGGCAGGGUUUGCCAUUUAGUGUCACUGGUUUUACCUAUGGGUUUCAUCAACUCGGUGGGAUUGGCCCAGCACAUCCACCGAAAUGUGUGCCGAUGGAGUGCUCCUGAUGAACCUGAAGGGUGGGGAGCGCAACGGGAAAUGAGGCGAGACCGUCCUGCCACGGUGUCCAAAGAGAUCUUCAGGAUUUACUUGGACAAUUGGGACGAGCUCCGUAAGGUAGACCGGGACCUGGCAGCCGAUGUGGAAGGCAAGCCUUCCGCCCAUCAGUUGGCUCUACGGGCCCAGUAUGAAGAGCUGCAACUCCCUCGCCACCCGAAGAAAUCAGUUGAAGGGGGGUUGCGAGCUGAGGUACAAGGGGCCAUAUUUGAUGGUCAGGAAGGGGUGGCUUAUGCAAAGCCGUCUAAGGUCUUGAAAUAUGUGGGUCUCACCCUGGAGCUCCUGGACAGGGGGUCGGCCUCACAGCGGGAGCUUCAGGUAGUGGCUGGGGGGAUGGUGUACAUCACAAUGUUCAGGAGAGCAUUGUUGUGCUCCCUGAACGCCAUCUGGAGGCAGAUUGAAGACCUGAAACAGGAGCCUCCUGUAGUGCGACGUCCAAUCCCCUUUAAUGUCCAGGCCGAGAUGAUCCGCUUUGUGGCACUUGUGCCGCUAGGGCAAAUGGAUUUCAGGGCUACCAUGCAUCCUCAAGUCACAGCCAGUGUGGAUGCCGCGGGGGUCAGUCUGGCCCAUCGCCCGCGACUGUAUUGGUUAUCGUGGGAGUUGGUUCCGGAGGAGGGUUUAGCCCUAUCAGAGUGGGUGGGGGAGCAUUGGAAUGCUUACCGUGUGGCCCAGCUCACGGCUGAAUUUGAUUACAAGGACUACGUGGAACCUGGCUGGGCCAUCACUGCUGACCAACCCAUACUAAUGCUGUCGUGUCCCUUGGGUGGACAAAGACGGGAAAAAGAACUGGUGCCGCUGAAAGCGUUACCAUCUCAGUAG